UUAACACCAUUAACAUGUUAGUCUAAAAUAUUUUCUCCCAGGCUUUUGUCCAGCCUGCUCUGCUAAGCCCCCGAGCUGCGCUGGUUGUCCUGCACUCGUGUUCGCCUUUACCCGUUUAAAAAUAACGCGUUUCAACACGAAUUAGCUUUUAAUGAAAUGCAUUCAAAUGUUGCAGCGACAUUUAUGAGCUUUAUGUUCUGGUGUCGACUGGAGUUUUAAUCGGGUUUAUUUAUCAGUCGAGGUCUGUUGUUUUUACUAAAAGAAAACAAAAAUUCCCUGCAGUCCCACAACUGCUCAGCAGUGGGCAGUAGAGAGCAUGAUUAAAGAAUAAGUUUUAACGAGGGAAUGACUUCCUGCCUUUUUUGUGAUAAAUGGGACUAAAGACGGUUUUGUGGCACCUUACAUUUUCUAGUUUCAUAACUGUGCUGUUUAAAAUCAUUUUUAAACAGAAAAAUGCAACUUGAUCAAGUUUUGUUUGUUUUAAUUUACUAUUUAACCGGUAGAUCACAUCUCAGAUUUCUGACAAGUGCCUUUGUCUAGACUAACAUCUUGUAGGUGCAGGAGCACAGAUGUCACUUGGCUUUGUUGUUGUCUGCCUUGUAAUGCAGGUUUCGCUGGUUUGCUUUGUAAAGUCUGAGCUUUCUUUUGCCCUAGUGUGUUUUUGUUUUUUCCUCAGCAGUGAUGGAGACCUCUGAUAUGAUUUGCUGCUGAAAACAACCUUUCCUUUGGUCUCUGCAACACAGCAGCUUACAGAACCAUGGAUUCCUCUGACGAAGAGGAGUCGCGCACUUUUGUCCAAGUCAUCAGUGAGAAGUACAACCCAGAGAACUUCCCUUAUGGCCAGGGGGUCGUGGUCCUGCCCAGCCCUCCAGGGUCCCCCGUUAAAGAUCGCCUCUUCCUGCCCAGCUUUCUGGUUCUGAACAACUGUGGGAUUAGUAAGGCCGGCGACCGGUCGGACAUCGCAGCUUUCUGUGGUCACGUGUUGGAGCUGGACUUGUCCCACAAUCAGCUCAACGACUGGGGAGAGAUCAGCACAAUUGUCUCCAACAUCCCUCAACUCGACUUCCUCAACCUAAGCAUGAACCCCCUGAGCAGCGUGCAUUUGGAGCCCAGCAUGGCCGACGUCUUCUUCAGAGUCCGACGACUCGUCCUCAUCAACACACGAGUCAGCUGGGACACCGUUCAUACGCUGACUCAGCACACACCAGAGCUGAAGGAGCUGUUCCUCUGCCUGAAUGGCUACAACACCGUGUCAGAGUCCCGGGCAUCCUGCUCGUCUCUCAGCCUCCUACAGAUCACAGACAACCAGCUGCAGGACUGGGCAGAAGUCAGGAAGUUUGGGCGGCUGUAUCCCAGACUGAGUACGCUGGUUCUGGCCAAUAACAGCAUAAACUCUGUGGAAGAUACCAAGGAAACACUGGAGCAUCUAUUCCCCAACCUUCGCAGCAUCAACCUUAACAACUCAGGGCUUAGUAAAUGGGAAGACAUAGAAAAACUGACCUUUUUUCCUAAACUGGAGGAGGUGAAAGCACAGGGGAUUCCGUUAUUACAGUCCUACAGCAGCCAGGAGAGACGGAGCCUCCUCUUAGCACAGCUGCCAUCUGUGAUGGUUUUGAAUGGGAGUGCGGUGUCUCGUGGUGAGAGGGAGGACGCUGAAAGGUUCUUCAUCCGAUACUAUCAGGACUGUCCAGAACCGGAGCUUCCUCAGAGGUACCAGGUCCUUGUGUCCAAAUACGGUCAUCUGGCUCCACUGGCAGAGGUGGACCUGAGGCCCAGGUGCACUGUGGUGGAUGUUCGCUGGGGGGACCGGGUGGAGCCGGUCAGCCUCCGCCUGGAGCAUACGGUGGGCGACCUGAAGAAACAGCUAAAAGCCCUGCUGCAGCUGCCCACCAACGGCAUCAGGCUGUUCCACAUCGACCGAGAGAUGUCUUCGGUCCUGGGACCAGAGGAGCUGAAAUGUGGCUUCAGGGCCCUUCACUCCUACAGCAUCAGAGACGGUGACGAGAUCCUAGUGGUGCCCAGAGUUAAGAACCGCUGCAGCUCCUCAGAUCUUUGAGUAGACGGGGGGCUCUGGUUCCGGAUCAGUUGUGACUUACUGGAUGCUGAGCUUUAAUUCGAGUGAAAAGAAUAAUAAAGCUUCGUCUUGAAUGUAAGGAAGUAUUCAGUCCGAUAUAGAUUUAUAUAAAUACACAGACAAAAGUACAUUUGCACAUGGAACUCGAUCCGUUUACCUUCACUCAGUUUUUUAGCUCAAACUCAGAUUUAUAAGUUUUAAUCAUGCUAUGCUACAAUAAAAUGUUUUAAAGAAGAAAAUAUCAAGUGUAGGCACUUUUACAUCGAUACAAAAUGUUUUACAGAGUCGAGGUUUCAUUUGGUUAAAUCUUAGAAAAGGAUUUUUAAGAAAUCAGUCUAAGGGUAGAAUAAAUUUGUCCAAUUUUACUCCUAAACUAAUGAAGUGAAUGAAAAAUUUAUUUAGUUGAAAUGGUUAUGCAUUUCUCCUUAUUUUACCCCCCAAAGCUACAGUAGAUACAUAAAUAUAUAAUCAUAGAUUCUUCAGUUCUUAUGAUUCAAAUAAUUACAUUAAUUUCAAUUAAAGAGCUAAUCUUGCUUUAAAACGGUGCCAGAUCAUACAAAUAACGCUCUCAUCCCAGAACUAAAGGAUUUCUACAAUGAGAGAUUAUAAUCUGAAUUUAAUAUGAUCAUUUCUAUUUUUAAGGCUGCCAUUUACAUUUUAUUAUUCAUCAAGUUUAAAUUGGACAAGAUGGCUUCAUUUACGCAGCUCAUUUCCUACACAAAGGCAACUCGGUGUGCAGUGAAGUCAAAAAUAUUCGCUGAUGCUUCUUAUAUAGAAACAUGGCUGCCAUAUUUAGUGAUACAUUAUGCAAAAUGCACAGCUUUUAAAAUAAAACCACUUGAAAACUGAUUUUCAAGGAUUCAACCCAAGACUUUUUGGUUAAAUAACUAAAAAGUAGUUGCAGGUUUAUCUGUUGCAUCAAGCAACAGAUUUCUGGCACUUGUGAAUAUUUAAAAGAACCAAAUCAAGCACCAAAGCACCAUUCUGUUUGUUAGAGCCACUGAAAAGGAAAAAGGAAAAAUAAUUCUGACCGUAAUCUCAGAAUUCUGAGAAAAAUAGUCAGAAUUCUGAGAUUAAUUUUUUUCUGAGAUUAAUCUCAGAAUCUUGGUUAUUAAUCUGACAUUAAGAUCAGAAUUCUGAGAGAAAUAAAAUCCUAAUUCAGAGGAAAAGUCAGAAUUCUGAGACUAAAAUCAGAAUCCUGAGGGGAAAAUAUCAGAAUUCUGUGAAUAAAGUCAGAAUUUGGAGAUUAAUCUCGGCAAUUAAUCUUAACUUUAAGGUCAGAAUUCAGAAAAAAGUCUGAAUUCUGAGAAUAGUCAGAGUUUCUUCUGUUUUUCAGUGGCACGAAUCCUCUUCUGUAUUUUUCUGGUGAUUCAUGAAGAUCUGAACGUUUUUAGGUGUUUGUCUGCAUACAGUUGACCUUUGAAUCAUACGAAAUUUUUUUUCUUCUACAUUUUUUACAUGAGGAACAAAUCUUUCCUUAAUUCCUUUUGCUCCCUGGUUCAGGUGGUUUCACUUGACUCUAGUUAAAUAUCCCGGGAUAACCCCCGAGCCAAUGCAGAAAAGCCGUGUGUUUAGGAUUACCGCUCUGUCGAAACGCUGCACAGGAAAGACGAUCCGCGUCUGAGGGUAGCUCGGGUCUGGGACAGAAACCGAGAAGGGUCGACGCUCCAUUUACCGCCGGUCUUCUGUUUGUUGAGUCCAUGAAUGGAACGGCUCUCCCUCCCAGCAGAGGCAGCUGAGGAGCGUUGAGACCCUUUCCUGCAUGGUAACCGAGCACCGGGCUGCGGUGUCACGGAGACUUCCGCUGCGUUUAGGUUAGAACGGGUUCACAGACGAGGGUUUCCUCACCGAUUCACCCCCAGCCUUUCUUCUGUUACGCCUCACAGAGAUUCACUUUGAGACAUUUUAAAAAUGUACGUUUAGGAAAAACUAGGAUUUCACUGCGUUUUCGCACCCUUGUUGGUAGAAAAGUGAUAUUAAGUGUGAAAGACUUAGAGUCAAAUCAUUUGAAGCUGAUUUCUUUGGAGAAUUUAUCAACUUUAACUCCUAAUCUCCAUUCAAUCCUUCACAAUAAAAGUCUGGUAUGCACACAUACUCCAAAACACCAUACGUGUAUAGAGUAGUUAUUAAUACUAUUUGAGUUUUAUCAGACAACUAUUAAUAAACCCUUUUACAUUAACAUGUGAUGUUUUGAUGUACGUGUGUGUAUUUUAGACUCUUAUUGUGAAGGAGUAAAAGAAGUCCUAAGCUCCUCUUCGACACUUGUACAGAAGUAGCCAAAAAAACGGCCUCGUGUAAAUUUAUGUACUUUUUCUUCAACAUUUUGCUGACAUGGCACUAAAGUGCUUUAUCAGAAAUUUGGUGGCAGCAUUCGAAACCUUAAAAAUAAAAUCAUGUGCAUUUUUGUCCAAAUCAGGCAACAAAAUGCAGACUUUAAACGACCGCUUGUCAACAAAAUCUUUUUUAAAACAUGAAAUCUUUACAGUAUUCACUCGUAUUUAAGCUCAUUGCCUUGAUGUGUGUUCAGGUUUUUACGACUGCAAAUGCUAAUUUGAUGUUUCUGAAACUUUUUGGAUUAUUAUCAGACAUCCGGUCUGCGUGUGCGCCGUGUCCUUAAUCCCUGGUGCUUUGGUCUAAAAUGCUCUGAUUCACGUUUCUUGCACACAUUUACGUUUGUUAAAGCCUCGCCUAAAAGUAAAUGUUCUUUUUUUCUCGAUUUUGUUUUUCAGAGUUUGUGUAGUAAACAACUGGAGGUGUAAUCUGUUGUGUGUUGUGAUGAGUCGUGCAUGGGGAGUUCUGCUUUAGUUGAGGAAUUUCUUGACAUUUGGUUUAUUAUUUGUCGUGUCGGAGAGGCAGUGGAGUAGGUGGGCAUUUGUUGUUUAACAGGAAACAUUACUGUUUAUUUUCUUAUUCUCUAAUAAUGCCAAAACAUCUUUAAAAAGACAAUAUUUACAGAUUUUGAGAACUUGACUCUUUGUGUUAUUUGGAUUCUGGAGUGAGUUCAAAUGUUUCGUGUUUGGUUUUGCUUCCUGUUCUGGAUCUUGUCACUUUAAUUUCAGGUUUUAUUUUGAAAGGACAAUGCUGUUUCUAUACCUUUACUGUGUUACUGUGCUUUCUCCUAAAUAAAUUUUAACCAUCAGAA